UGUGCAAACCCCCAUCUUCUUUUUUUAGCGCUAUCUGAUAGAGGAACUGUAGUGAUGGAGGCAGCUCUGUCCCGCGCCCUGUCUGCUGUAGAUUUAGCCGUAUCAGAGGGCAGCAAGGCGGAGGCGGGCUGCAGAGGGUGUGUGCCAUGUCUGUUUCAGGACUGUGGACAGCGAAAAGGCCCCUGUGCAUCUUCGGAAGCUGCACAGUCAGAGCCGAGCUGUGAGAUGAUCCUCCGUGCUCAGCAGGAUGCAGAUGAAGGUGAGAGGAGCUGGAUGUUGAGUCAAGCCUGUGGUUUUUACAAGCGCCGCUGUACACCUGCACAACUGAACAAAGACUCAUGCAUCAGAGUCAUGGGCGAGAGCUGUAGCGCUCGUGUCCUGCAAUGCAGUUUACUUAACACCAUGCAGAACCUGGAGCCGGCCACACAGACCACAACACAGGCUGUUUGUGGCCAGCGUCUGUCCGUCAUGCAAAACCUAACACAGCCUCGCUCUCGUAUCAUUGGAGGGUCUCCUGCCCCUCUGGGCAGCUGGCCGUGGCUGGUGAACCUGCGGUUGAAUGGGGCUCUGAUGUGUGGAGGUGUGCUGGUGGACAGCUCUUGGGUCCUCACUGCUGCCCACUGCUUCGCUGGAAGCCGCAGUGAGAGCUACUGGACGGCUGUGGUAGGGGAGUUUGACCUCACGAAAACCGACCCUGAUGAGCAGACCAUGAAAGUCAAUCGUAUCAUCACUCAUCCAAAGUUUAACCCAAAGACGUUUAAUAACGACAUUGCUCUUGUUGAGCUCAGUUCUCCAGUUAUUCUGUCUGAACGGGUCAAACCUGUCUGUUUGCCCUCUCACCUCGAUCCACCAAUUGGUACAUCAUGUCUGGUAGCUGGCUGGGGCUCGCUGUAUGAGGAUGGUCCCUCUGCAGAUGUGGUGAUGGAGGCAAAGGUGCCUCUGCUGUCUCAGACCACCUGUCGCAGUGCACUUGGGAAGGAGCUUCUCACUAACACCAUGUUUUGCGCUGGGUACCUGUCUGGAGGCAUAGACUCAUGUCAGGGUGAUUCAGGAGGACCGCUGAUCUUCCAGGACAGUUCAUCAGGACGUUUCCAGCUCUUGGGGAUCACCUCUUGGGGUGAUGGGUGUGGGGAGAAAGGAAAGCCUGGUGUGUACACACGGGUCACUGCCUUUUCUGACUGGGUCACAACGGAGAUAGAGAAAUCCUUUGGGAGUCGGGAGCCCACAUGUCCUGAGCUGCUUAAGACAACUGACCUGUCUGAGGAACAACAGAUGUCAGAGUUUGCCACCCUCUGCCACUUCUACACACUUAACUGCCCUUCAACCCUUGAUCCAUCUGACUGUCAGCGACUCGCUCAGGACAAAUGCCAAAGCCGAUUUAAGAAGUGCCAGUUACAUUCCUUUCUACAGACUUUGUUGGACUUGCUUCAGAGAGCUGAUGACUAUAUAAGAGAUAAUGUCGACCUGACCUUCUUCACACAGACUCUUCCUCAGCUGGUGGAAAACGUCUACACCUCUGCGCAUAUGACAAGAAAACGCAGAGAUGCGCUUGAAACAGAGCAGGUAGGAUUGCCAGCACUAUUUGAGCGAGUGGGCCCUCUGGUGGAUGACUGGGAAAGCUACCUCAGAGACAUUGCUGAAGAUCUGGAUCAACAGAAGGAACAGCAAAACUCAGAUCAGCUAUCUGAAGAAGAGCUACUCUUCAUACCGCAUGAAGACGCUGAAAAAUCACCUGUUCAUCUGCUAGACAGAGCACUCCGCUCCUCCAUUGCUGCCCUGCGCUCCAAACUGGAUUCAAUGCGCAUUCCUGUCAUACCAGACUUGGAAUAUCAGCUGUUUCAGAGGAAUUUUACCAUUCCUACCACUAGAAAACCACAAGAGGAUAGCACUGCUUUUAUAGUUAAAGCUUUACAAUCAAGCGACACAGGAAGUGUCACCGGAAGUCCUUUUAUGAUGGCAUCCCCUCGGGAUAACAUGGAUACAGCAUCCAGAUCUGUGAAACCCUCUCUCCAACCGCUAGAACUCAGAACCCUGGACUCUACCGAAUCACUUCUUAAAAAAAACUCUGUCCCUACCCAGAAUUCCCAGCUGCAACAGUCACUUUUCAAAAAGCUUUUUCAGAGGAAGAGGAGAGACUUGCACAAGAGACGGAUACGAGGAGCAAAUAACAAAGUUUGUUCAGGAGUAACUGAAUCUGCUCAGCUGGUCAGCACUGCCAAACAGAUGUACAGCUGGAUCCUGGCUGUUCCCCCUAACAACCUAAACAUGAUCUUCCAAGAGGUGCUGGUUGAUCUGAGCUCUAAGAAUGACCACGGUUUAUACCAGUCACGGAUCAAGGCCACUAUUGGUGGGCGACCUUUGACCUUCUACAGCUUGGUGGGUCUGGAGACAGAGGCGUUCUAUCGCAGCAUGCCACGUAUCAUUGCCGUAGCCAUUGAUGUUCUCAAAACAUAAAAACACUUGAUACUUGACCACUGUCUGGAUGCUUUAACACAUUGCUACAUCACAGACUCUGUUGUGACAUCACAGAGGGAUCACUUUUCAACAGCUCUGCCUCUCAGAAUGAGUCGUGCCGAACAGCUGACACUUUUCUGAAUGAAGGGUCACAGUUGGUCACCGCAAUCUAGGACUAUGUCCACCCUGACGUAACUUAUUAUGCAGGAACAGAGGUUGAUCCUCCAGUGUGACCUGCAAUCUGUACAUAUUAUAUACAGUAUUUGGUGUUUGUUGUAUUUAUUUGAGUCAAGAAUGUGUAUUUUUAUAUAAUGUAAAUCUUUAUAAAAAAAGAUCAAAUGAUAUUGAAUUAUUAUAACAAUAUUUAAAUUAAUGUUGUCUUCAUGUGCAUCUAUUUUUACUUUUGACUGGGUAAGAUUGAAAUUAAAAUGAAAUCAAACUUUGAUGCUCCUAUCAUAUUUAGAUUGUAAGACUUUAGCCUGGAUUUCACCGACAGGGCUACCGAUGUGUUAAUUUAAACAAAUCACAUGCAUCUGAAUAUUUUCUUUCAUUCAGAAUAUACUAGAGUACAUGUUUCCAUUUACUAUAGAGUAUAAACACUAUCCUCGGUUUUACAAACAAGGCUACUACUUUCUCAACUGAAAAUAACUUAAGUACAGAUAUAAGUACAGAUCUUAAAAUAUGCCAGAACCAUUGUUUUGUCCUAAAGGUGCAAUGUGUAACUUUUAGGAGGAUCUCUGACAGAAAUGCAAUAUAAUAUACA